AUUGUACCUGCAAAUAUUUACAUGUUUACUGGUUAAAGGCGCAGUGGAGAAAAAUUAUUUUUAAGCUAUUGCUCAGCAUCAGCUAAAGUUUCGACAAGGUUGGAUAGAUUUAUGGGCGUGGAAACAGAGCCCAAAAGCCACGCAUGCGCAGAAUCGCUAAGUAGCACAUGUCGGUAGGUAGCACAAAUCGACAGAACACCUGCUAACCACUGUUUUGGAGACUCCGCUUGAAACACCUAGAAGGAAUGAACCACAAAAGUAAGAAACGAAUCAAAGAAGCGAAACGGAGCGCAAGGCCUGAACUAAAGGAUUCACUUGACUGGACAAAACAUAACUACUUCGAGACUUUUGAUCUUUCGCACCGGACAGUGAAGGACAGUGUGGAGCGGGUGGAUGCCCUGCACUUGAGCCAAGAAGAGUUCAUUCGACGCUUUGAGAAGCCCUACAAGCCUGUAGUCCUCCUUAAUUGCCAGGAGUUCUGGCCUGCCCGGGAGAAAUGGACCCUGGAACGCCUGAAGCGCAAGUACCGUAACCAGAAAUUCAAGUGUGGGGAAGAUAAUGAUGGCUACUCUGUGAAGAUGAAGAUGAAGUAUUAUGUUGAAUAUAUGGAGUUGACACGUGAUGAUAGUCCACUCUACAUCUUCGACAGCAGUUAUGGCGAACACGCAAAACGCCGCAAGUUGCUUGAAGAUUAUCAGGUGCCCCUCUUCUUCAGAGAUGAUCUCUUUCAAUUUGCUGGAGAGAAGCGCCGACCACCUUACAGGUGGUUCGUGAUGGGCCCUGCACGCUCUGGAACAGGCAUUCACAUUGACCCACUGGGCACAAGUGCAUGGAAUGCCCUGGUACAGGGUCAUAAGCGUUGGUGCCUAUUCCCCACACACACACCACGUGAGCUUAUCAAGGUGACACGAGAAGAGGGUGGCAACCAGCAGGAUGAGGCCAUCACCUGGUUCCGUGUGAUUUACCCACGCACACAGGUACCUUCCUGGCCUGCUGAAUUCAGGCCACUGGAGAUUCUGCAGCGCCCAGGGGAAACUGUCUUUGUUCCCGGUGGCUGGUGGCAUGUUGUCCUCAACUUGGAUACUACCAUUGCAGUCACUCAGAACUUUGCAAGUAUCACAAACUUUCCAAUUGUUUGGCAUAAGACGGUACGUGGGCGACCUAAACUCUCCAGGAAGUGGUACAGAAUUCUAAAACAGGAGAGGCCAGAUUUAGCUGCUUUGGCAGACAAGGUGGACCUGCAGGAGUCCACAGGCAUUGCUUCAGACAGCUCCAGUGACUCUUCCUCCUCUUCCUCUAGUUCUUCUGAUUCAGAUUCAGAGGCUGAAUCAGGCUCGGAGGGUGAUGCCAUGACUCACCGCAGGAAGAAGCGAAGAACCUGUGUCAUAAUGGAAAAUGGAGACCGCACAAGCCAAGAUGACUGUGUGAGCAAAGAGCGUAGCUCCUCGCGAUGACCUCCUUUCCCUGGUCCACUGGAUCUGUCACUUUUUAUUUCACUCUGGUUUACUGUCUGCUAAUGACUUAACUGGCACACACAAAAGGAAAAGUCCAUACUGUAUGUAUGUGGUAUUUGUUUGACAGGUUGAAGAAAAAAAAAUACCGGCAUAAGGAUUGUGUCUGUGGUCUUUGCAUAGUGACAGGCUGUACAGUACAUUCUUUUACUUGCCCUAUUGAUAGAUUCUUGUAUUGGGAUGAGUGUGGGAGAUGAACACAUCACUACCAACACUCUAUUUCACCGAAUCCACUGGAGACAGUUUAUGUGCAAUUUAGCAUUCUUUUGCUUCCCCUUUACUGAUUUAUUACUGUUCUAUAUAGUUAUGCCCAAGCUUUAUACCCUGUUACAGUUAAAGCUACAACCCCAAAUCAGAAAAAGUUGGGAUGGUACGCAAAUGUUAGUGAUUUUCUAAAUUGACUUCAUUUCAUAUAGUAUAAACCCAAAAUAUUUCCUGUUUUGUUCGGUCAACUUCAUUUUAUUUGUUAAUAUACAUCCAUUCCUGCGUGUCAGGUCUGCAACACCUUCCAAAAGAAAGGUGGGACAUGGGCAAUUUAGGUCUGGUAAUGUGAUAGUAGUAGUAGUAAAUUUUUUUUAUUAUUAUUAGUGACUUGAAACAGGUGAUUUUGUAAUCAUGAUUUAGUACAAAAUCAAUAGCCAGGAAAGGCCUAAUCUUUGAGGAGCAAAGGUGGGCUGAGGAUCUCCAGUUUGUCAACAAAUGUGUAAGGAAAAUUUAUUGAAAUUUGAAAAAUGAUGCUCCUCAAAAACGGAUAGGAAGGAACUUGUAUAUGUCACCCUCUAUGGUGUAUCAUAUAUAUAUAUAUAUAUAUAUAUAUAUAUAUAUAUAUAUAUAUAUAUAUAUUUUAAACGAUUCAAGGAAUCUGGAGGAAUUUUGGUGCAAUCUAGGUCAAAGAUUAUUUACGGAUCAUUUUUAAUUUCAAUUUCAGCAUAGUCCCAUCUUUUUUCUGAUUUGUGGUUGUAAAAUAACUACAUGAACAUUGUUGUUUGACGAGAUGUACCAGCCUGCAUGGCUGCAUUAUUGGAGGGUAUUCUUGUUGGAUUUUAUAUUUAAGGUGUUCUGAUGUUCCCUUUUUAAUAGAGGAAUACUCUAGUUUUUAAUAUCUGUACUGCAUCUGUAGUAUAUAUGCACACAAUUUCCUCUGUACUGAGAACUGAACCCUUCCUCCUACUGGAAAUCUAAAAGUAGUGGAAAAGUGUUAAUGUUUGUGAUGCAUAUUUGCAGAAUGGUGUCAGAAAUGCUUAAUAAAAACUUAAGGAAAGCAUAUUUGACCAGAAUGAGUGUUUUAUUAUAUUGUUUCACUGUUGAGAAAGUUGAGAACAGUUGUUGUAGUUUUAAGUUUGCAGUCCAGUCAAGUGUAAAAAACUGCUUAUAUGCUUCCAUUAUUGGUGAUCAAGUAAAUGUUUCCUCAUUUAAAGGGAAAAACUUCCUGUCAGGGAAAAUUGUGUGUAUGCUACAGAUGCAGUAAAUGAAGGUUGUUAAUAAAUGUUGCAAGAUU